CGCGAUUCGAAAUGGGUCUGCAAUUUUUUAUGUUGUUUUUUUAGUUUUUUUGUCCUUCGUCUUGUUGUUGUGGCAGGAGAUGGAGGGCGUGCGAGACGUAGAUGUGAAGAAGAAGAAGAAGAAAGGAGAGAACAACGCGGCGGGUUCAAUGGCGGCUCCGGUCACCGUCGUCCUGAAUGUCGAUAUGCACUGUGACGGCUGCACUUCUCGGAUCGUCAGACUGGCUCGUCGUUUGGAAGGAGCUGAGAAAGUGAGAGCAGAGCCUGCUUCAAACAAGCUCACAGUGAUAGGAUUCGUCGAUCCAUCAGAGAUAGCAGAGAAGUUGCAGAAGAAGAGCAAGAAGAAGGUGGAGCUGAUAUCUCCUCCACUACCCAAGAACGAAAACAAAGCAAAGAAUGAGCUAAAGUCUUGCAUCAAGACACCAGCAAAGGUUGUCGUGACCACAGCUGUACUGAAACUGAGUUUUCAUUGUGAGGGUUGCAUCAAGAAGAUUCACAAGACUGUCUCUAAGACCAAAGGAGUGUACGAAGUCAGAAUGGACGAGCAAAAGGAGCAAGUGACGGUCACAGGGACAAUGGACGUGGAAUCGCUGACGGAGAAUCUCAAGAAGAAGCUGAAGAGAACCGUGGGGACGGUGCCGAUGAAGAAAGAAAAAGAGAAAGAGAAGAAACAAGAGAGCAACAAUGGCGAUGAUGGAGGCUGGAGCAAGAACAAGAAGACGGAAAACACUCACGAAUCCAAAUUCGGGUCUCCGGGUCAACCCGGGUUUGCGAUAGGGUACGCUAUUGGGCCUGCACUCUAUGGGUUUCCAGGCCCAAUUAGAGAGAUCUGCCGCGAGGAGGACCCAGACUGUUGCUGCGUCAUCAUGUGAUAACGACGCCGACCGAACAAAAAAAGAAAAGAAAAGAAGGUUAAGAUGUGUAAUCAUGUAAAUAGCUCUGAUUAGGGAAAUUUUUGAUAGAAAACCCUAAACCAUAUACAUACAUUUUGAAA